GAGUUUCAAUCUUCACUUUAUAUUACCAAUACACCUAACAUCAUCAUCAUCACCACAUCCUAAAAUCCUUUCGAACCUUCAGGUUGGAUACCACAAUACAAUACACAGAUCAUAUUUGUCUCAUUACCGAGAUCUCAGGUGGAACACACGAUGGCAUCAAAAAGAAUUGUUCAGGAUGCAAAGACAUUGCUAUCCAAAUCUCGACCGGGGAAAUCAUCAUUUGCCAUCUGUCCGAGAAGCUCGCAGAGAUAUGUACACCAAAGUGCAAGACUACCAGCUAUGACGGCUUCCAGUUCAAGGACGAGACCGACUCUGCAACCGCUCCAUCAACCAUCAACCAUGCUGAAGCCUACUGCGAUUGGCGGCGUUCGCAGCAUCUUUAUCCAAACAGAGGACACUCCAAAUCCGGAUGCACUGAAGUUCCUUCCAAAUCACCCAAUCAUACCACAAGACGUCAAUUCGCCUUUCAUAGAAUACCUCAACCCCAGAUCCACGCUUGCGCCACCAUACCCAUCCCCGCUCGCCGCAUCAUUGAUGAAUAUCGACGGGGUCAAGUCCGUUUUCUAUGGCGCGAAUUUCAUUACAGUCACCAAGGUAGAGGAUGCGAAUUGGGCGCAUAUUAAACCAGAAGUUUUCAGUCUCAUUACGGAAGCAGUGACUUCCGGUGCACAAAUUGUUAAUAUCACGGAGAGGACCGGCGCAAGUGGCGAACCAGAAGAAGAAGACAGUCUAGCAUACAACGAGGAUGAUCCGGAGGUUGUCGGAAUGAUUAAGGAAUUGCUUGAAACUCGCAUCCGGCCCGCAAUUCAGGAAGAUGGCGGAGACAUUGACUAUCGCGGGUUCGAGGACGGCUUGGUCAAAUUGAAGCUCCGAGGUGCAUGCCGAACUUGCGACUCAAGUACAGUUACGUUGAAGAAUGGUAUUGAGGGAAUGCUUAUGCAUUAUAUUGAAGAAGUGAAAGGAGUUGUGCAAGUAUUGGAUGAGGAAGAAGAAAUAGCUCUCGCGGAAUUUGCAAAGUUUGAGGAGAAGUUGAAGCAACAAAAAGGUCCUGAUGCAGUUGCAUCAAGUAGCUUAGAUUCUAUUCCAGGUUGAGCUCGGUACUUGGUUAAAGAGGUAUGACUUUUGGGAUCUACCCGCAUGGCAGCAGCGCGGAUGUACAAAGAAUCUGUUAAGGUUUCUCACUGGAGAGAAUUUUGUUUCACAGCAUCGGCAAUACCCACAUGAAGUUUUGUGCAUCUUUUACCAUUUACGCGAUGGACAAAAUGUAUUGCACAUCAAAUUCGAACAUACGUGCCUAAUAAGCCUCACCUCACA